AUGCAGCAUAUCACCCCGACAGCCACCGAACUGGACGAAAAGCUCGACGAGAGAUCGCGCGACAUCUUCCGGCGCAUCGUCGAAAGCUAUCUCACCGAGGGCGAGCCGGUCGGCUCGCGCAACCUGUCCAAGAUGUUGCCGACAUCGCUGUCGCCGGCCUCGGUGCGCAAUGUGAUGAGCGAUCUGGAGGCGCUCGGCCUGAUCUAUGCGCCGCACGUCUCUGCCGGGCGCCUGCCGACCGAGCAGGGUCUGCGCUUUUUUGUCGAUGCCUUCAUGGAUGCCGGCGCCGUCAGCGACGAGGAACGAGCGAUCAUCGACCAGCAAUUGGGCUCCGGCGAAGGCCAUCCGCAUACCGAGCAAUUGCUGACCGAG